UGACAAAGAUACAAAUUAGAUUCAAGUCUGUGUCAUUACAUGCUAAGUUUGUUAAUUGUUCCCUAAUUUUGAUUACUAGUCAGAUAAACAUCUAACAAGCGAUAAAAAAAAAAAAAGAAACCCGGUUUGAAUUUCUUAAAUCAUAGCGUACCGAUGGGUAUAACUUAAAUGAUCAAUCCAUAACCCAACACCCGGUCUGAUUCGGAUAAACCGGAAACCCAGCUGCCUCAACGCUGCGUUUUGAAACGCUGACUUGUGUGGAGAAUGCGCGAGUCGUAGUGAAGUUGUUGCCGCCGGGAGGAAUCAAGAUGCUUCGCGGCAGAAGCUCGUGGGUCGGAUUCGCGACCCGGUUGAAACACUAUAGGAUCCGAGGGAUGUGCACUAAAGGAGAGAACAAACCGGAGAAGACGGAAUUGAGUGAUGUUGUUGUUUCUCGAUACGACGAGACGUACAAGAAACUGGAUAAGCUCGAUUUCGUGACGGCUGCGAAGAUCUUGUUCACUGAACCACCCAAGAAGAAUAAAUUUGGGCUUGACUGGCAUGUGGUGCAGUUCAUUAUCGUCUGCUUGCCAUCUCUAGCUGUGUAUCUAGUUGCUCAAUAUGCUCGCCGUAAAAUGAAGAUCAUGGACGCUGAACUUGGAGAGAAGAAGAGAAAAGAAGAAGAAAAGAAAGAGAAAGAAGAAGCUGAAAAGAAGGCCUUAGGAGAAGCAGAAGCAACCAAGUCUCAGGAAGAGCUAGCUGAGAUGAAAAAGAGACUGGGAAAAAUCGAAGAGACUAUAAAAGAGAUUGUUCUGGAAGCAAAGAAACCUUCAGGGAAUGGUCCAACCAAAACCCAAGACGAUCAAUCUACUAAACUCCCACCAAAAGAUGAGUCUAAACCGAGCAAGGAACACAAGGACAAUGUACAGAAACAAGGUGAGAAUCGAGCAAAUGUGGAUUCACCCUAGACCUCAGUGAGAUGAUUAGAAAAGAAACUUAGGUGGUAGAUGAAGAAGGAUAUGUUUUGCUUUUGGAACUAACGCAGUGGUUGACGCUAUUGGCCUGUUUUGCUUUCAUUUCUUGACUCAGUUCAGGUUUAAUACAAGAUCACACGAGGAUUUACAGAAA